AUGUCCUUUAUUGAAGCAUUAGGCUCUGGAAUAUGCGCAGGAUUGGCUGUUGAUUUAUCUCUAUUUCCAGUGGAUACGUUAAAAACUCGAUUGCAAGCAAAGGGAGGAUUUCUUGCAAAUGGUGGAUUUCAAGGCGUGUAUAGAGGCCUUGGUAGCAUCUUGGUUGGCAGUGCUCCUGGAGCUUCUUUGUUUUUUACAACUUAUGAGACUAUGAAAACCAAUCUCAGCCGUUCAAAGCUUCCAUUGUCUGAACCAGUAAUCCAUAUGACUUCUGGAUCAAUGGGCGAAAUUGCUGCUUGCUUGGUACGAGUUCCUACGGAAGUCAUCAAGCAAAGAGCUCAGGCUUCUGGUGGAACACUUUCAUCCGGAAAUGUUCUCCAAACAAUUUGGAAAUCCGAGCAAUCCUUGAGAGGUUUAUAUUCUGGUUACGGAAUCACCAUUGCGAGAGAGAUUCCAUUCACAUUAAUACAAUUUCCUCUAUGGGAAUAUCUCAAAAAGGCAUGGAGGACUUCCAACAACCGAGAGAAGAAUCUGGCUCACGAGGCCGCUUUGUCUGGAUCCCUUGCCGGAGGUAUUGCUGCUGCAGUUACUACUCCCCUUGACGUUAUAAAAACGAGAAUUAUGCUUUCACAAAAGAGAACGGCCUACGUAUCUACGGUGAAAAAUAUCAUUCAAUUUGAAGGAGGUCGUGCCCUUUUUUCAGGCAUCGUUCCUCGUGUUCUCUGGCUCAGCGGUGGAGGUGCCAUUUUCCUAGGAUUUUACGACACUGUCUUCAAUUUCAUCCAUGAUCAUCACAUCUUCAAUGAAAAGGGUCUUUAA